ACGGCUACUACAAGUAGAUUGUCUAAAUGUGAAAGUAUAUUGGGAAUUUAUACGGCAGUUAUCACGAUGGCCCCAACCGUAGAGGCUGAAUCUACCAAAACAAAGAGUUUUGGUAUAGAAAUAGUAGACCCUAAGUUGAUGCCAGCACCUUGCAUCAGCCCUAUAUUACGACUUGCAAUAUAUCUAUACUAUAUUCUCUCUGCUGGAUGUAUCUACUGGGGAUGGAAUGGCCUCCAAGAGAUACUAUACAAGGCAGGUGCUUUUGAAGAUUAUUGUGAAAAAAAGGAUGGAAUUGAAGCAACGUACAAAACUUUAUAUGGCGUGCGAUAUAUAGAUUGCCCCGAAAGAGCAGGUGGCAUCAACAACUUGUAUACUAUGGCGUAUUCCACCCAUUUUAUUUGUUCAUUUCUUGGAGGAUGGCUGUUAGAUACAUUUGGCCCUCGCAUAUGCUUUUUAGUGGGUCAGUUCUUCUCUAUUUUGGCAUGGUUAUCUAUUUUCUGUUUUCCUAAGAGUCCCGUGGUACUUCGCUUAUCAUUUGUUGUUAUUGGCUUAUGUUGUGAGGCAAGUUACAUACCCAUGCUUUCAGUCAGCAAAUAUUUUCCUAAUGGCUCAUCUACCGUUAUAGCUAUUAUGGGUUCGUGCCGUUCGCUUUCCUUCUUCGUGCCUACUCUUUUGUCAUGGAUAUAUAAUGUUGAAGGAUUUAAAGCCGAACAUCUUUACAUAAUUGGUAUAUGUUACAUAUUGAUAUCCAAUGGAUUCUGCUUUGUUUCGGGCUUCUUUAUUAUGCCUACUGUCAUCCCUGUUCCACCAUCGGAGAAGACAAAUGGAAAAGAGGCUAGUUAUGAGCUAGGACACGCUGUGGACACUAAUGAAGGUAACAAACCAAAUGUGUUACAAUCUAUAAAGAAUGGGUUUAACAGCCCACAAUUGCUGGAGUUUCUAAUUCUUGGCGCUGCUGUAUGUCUUUUUAUGCCCGCCAUCGAAUUUGUCAACAAAUCACAAGGUGACCUUCUUGUAGCAUCCGGUGGUGGCGAUGCUACCGUUGUAUUCAAGUACUUCAACAUAUUGACUUUUGUGCCCGGCCCAUUUCUGGGUGCGCUUAUGGACAGAGUUGGUCCUGCCAUUGUUAUGCACUUUUUGCAUUUGUGUGCAUUGUUGUACUAUACAUCUACUGUCUUUGAUGUUUAUGCAAUGAAGAUUGUGGCAUGCUGCUUUUACCUUUUGGCGGGUUCGCUGUGCAUGUCUACCGUCUAUUGUUACGUAAACAAAAGGUUCCCUCCGCAAUACUUCGGCGCAUUAGUUACGCUGAUCUUUGGUUGCGCAGGAUUGAUCGCUUUGAUCAACAUCCCACUCUACAAUUGGGGGUUGAGCUUUAAAACUUUCCCUAAGGAACAGCGCUUCCGUCCACUGUCCUUUUUAUUCAUGGGAUAUAUGGGAGCUGCCUCCUUACUCAGUGCUACACUCAUAUACCUCUCAGUAAUCCGUCCUAAGAGAGGUUAUGGUGGACAUAUCACCGUCUAAAUGCA